GGUUUCCAAGAAUUAUCGAACAAAAAGAGGACAAGUACAUCGUGUUAAACACUUAUCUUUUCCACAGCUGCUGUCCUUGUCUUUUUCAUUUUCCCGUUAAAACAACAUUCCAGUUCCACAAGGCGCAGCCGCCCCCACCGCCACCACUACCACCACCACCCUAUUAUUAUAACGGUCUCUCUCUCUCUCUCUCUCUCUCUCGACAGUCAGUUUUCACUUCACAUACGCCUCUUCUUUUCUUCUCUCUCACGUACGGUCUUUCUCUUUCUCCCUCUACACGCACAAUAUUUGUAUAUAUGCAUCACUGAACAUAAAAGCAGCAGAGCCUUAGAAAGAAAGAAAGAAAGACAGACAGAGAUGGAUCAGCAGGUGAAAGCGAAUGGGAAUUGUUCGGGCGGCGUUGUGGAGGGACCGACGAACCCGAUGGUAACACCCCUUUUGACGGACCUUUAUCAGUUCACAAUGGCUUAUGCUUAUUGGAAAGCCAAUAAACAUCAAGAGCGAGCUGUGUUCGAUCUAUAUUUUCGGAAGAAUCCAUUUGGUGGCGAAUAUACAGUCUUUGCUGGUUUAGAAGAAUGCAUUAGGUUAAUUGCGAAUUUCAAGUUUACCGAGGAUGAAAUCUCUUUCAUCCGUGAAAGUCUUCCUGGUUCAUGUGAGGAUGGUUUCUUCGAUUAUCUUAGAGGAUUGGACUGCUCAGAAGUUGAAGUGUAUUCCAUUGCAGAGGGUUCAGUUGUCUUCCCCAAGGUACCCUUGCUAAGAAUAGAAGGACCAAUUGCUGUGGCGCAAUUGCUGGAAACCCCAUUAGUGAAUCUUAUCAAUUUUGCAUCUUUAGUGGCAACAAAUGCAGCUAGGCAUCGAUUUGUUGCUGGAAAAUCAAAAAUUCUUCUUGAGUUCGGGCUUCGACGGGCUCAGGGACCUGAUGGUGGGAUAUCAGCAUCAAAAUAUUGCUACCUUGGAGGAUUUGAUGCAACAAGCAAUGUUGCAGCUGGACGGUUAUUUGGGAUACCUCUGCGUGGAACACAUUCCCAUGCAUUUGUCAGCUCAUAUAUGAGCCCUGAUGAGAUCGUAGACAAGUCGCUUCGAAGUGCUGAUGGAUCAAGAAGUUGUGAGGACCUUGUCAGUUUAGCUCAGACAUGGUUAAGUAAAAUCCAGUGGUCAAGUUCAUUACGUGGUAUUUUUGGUGAGACCAAUCAAAGUGAGCUGGCAGCUUUCACCUCAUAUGCCUUGGCGUUCCCUAUAAGCUUUUUAGCUCUUGUUGACACAUAUGACGUUAUGAGGAGUGGAAUCCCUAACUUUUGUGCAGUUGCUCUUGCACUUAAUGAUCUUGGAUAUAAAGCGGCAGGCAUUAGAUUAGAUUCUGGUGAUCUAGCAUAUUUGUCUUGUGAGGCCCGGAAGUUCUUUAGAGCCAUUGAGAAAGAAUUUGGAGUUCCUGGUUUUGGAAAGAUGAGCAUUACUGCUAGUAAUGACCUCAAUGAGGAAACUUUAGAUGCUUUAAACAAACAGGGUCAUGAAGUUGAUGCAUAUGGAAUUGGAACCUAUCUUGUAACUUGCUAUGCUCAAGCUGCUUUGGGUUGUGUCUUCAAGCUUGUUGAAAUAAACAAUCAGCCUCGCAUCAAACUUUCUGAAGAUGUUUCAAAGGUUUCUAUACCAUGCAAAAAACGGAGUUAUAGAUUGUAUGGAAGAGAAGGCUAUCCACUGGUGGACAUAAUGACGGGGGAAAAUGAACCAUCUCCAAAGGUGGGAGAACGGAUACUAUGUCGCCAUCCUUUUAAUGAAUCCAAGAGAGCGUAUGUGGUUCCACAGCAGGUUGAGGAGCUUCUGAAGUGUUACUGGCCUGGGAGCUCAGAUAAACCGAGAGAAGAUUUACCACCUCUGCAGGACAUUAGAGAUCGCUGUAUCAAGCAGCUUGAGAGAAUGCGUCCUGAUCACAUGAGGCGGCUGAACCCAACACCGUACAAGGUGAGUGUAAGCGCAAAAUUGUAUGAUUUCAUCCAUUUUCUAUGGCUCAAUGAGGCACCUGUCGGGGAGUUGCAGUGAGGAUUGGUAACAAGAUUUGGUGCAUGGAACUUUGUACAAAAAUGCUGGUCAAGUUAUGAUUCCAGUAGAGUUGGAGGAGACUCAAUGAGCACUCAACACAUAGAUGAUUCACUUUCCAUUAAGAAGCACCUUGGAUUUAAUAAACCAUUUUGUUUCCCCAUUUAUUUAUAAAAUAAUUGAUUGUUUUCCUUUUGUCUAA